GGAAAGAAUAAUAAUUCCAUCGAAAGGGAUGCGGAUUCGAGUCCAGCGAAAAUAAUUCCAUCGAAAGAAGAGAAGUGGAGUGAAGUGAUCAAGUGAGAGAUGGAAGGAAUCCUUGGAAACACGAGAACUGUUGAAAAAGAAACCAACUGGGAGGAGAGAGAAAGAAAGACACAGAAAGGGAUGGAAGAAUCCCAUGGAAAAGCUGUAGUAAUUGAAGAAGAAAGGAAAUGGGAGGAGAUGAAUAAAGAUUGUUUGGUUAAGGUAUUUGAGGUGGUGGGACUGGAAUCACUUAUCUUGGAUGUGCCCUUCGUCUGCAAAUCAUGGUACAAUGCCUCUCUUGAUCCACAGUGCUGGAAGAAUCUCACUUUUCCGAAACUCGGCGGUUGGCCAUCAAGCCCUUUUAUGGAGAGAUACAUGGAUGAAUACCAUGCAGAUAAAUUCUCUGUAACUGGGUUCAUUAAGUUUGUAGUCGAUCGAAGCUGUAAAUCUUCUGUCAAGCUUGUUCUUCCAGGUUGCUGUAGCUUGGAGGCCUUCGCUUACGUCUCCAAUGAGUGCCCUUCUUUGCAAGUUAUAGGACUUCCUUCUGAGUUAGUAGUCAGUGGAGAGAACCAUAUUUUAGAAUUUGUAAGCAAAUGGAGUGAAUUGCGGUACUUGUACUUGGGAACUAUAUUAAAUUGCUUCAAGGAAAUUCUGACCCAAAUUAGUCUGAACUGCAAGAACUUUUCUGGGCUUGGCACAAAAGGCUACAUCGACAAUGAAGCAGCGUUAGCGAUUGCAACCCAGUUGCCCAAGAUAAAGUAUUUGCACCUGAAAAAUUCUUCUCUGCCGCGUGAGAGUCUUGUAACGAUACUGGAGGGAUGCAAAGAGCUGGUGGAAUUGGAUGUGAGGAACUGCAUCGGUUUUGAGGCUGAUGAUGAGGAGAUAUUGAUGCUUGCUUCUCAUAUCAAGAGAUUCAAGCCUGAGGGUUCAGAAAUCUAUGAAGACUGGUGGUUUGAUGAGCAUAUUUCUUCUAGAGAUGUGGACUCCGAUGCUGGCUCUGAUUGAAUGACCUAAGAGUUGGUGUUUGCUACUUUUUAGCGGUGGAAAUUGGGCUGGUUGGAUUGGGUUUAGUUUGGGUUGAAUUUCAACCCAAUUCAUCUAACCUGUCAAUCCAUUAAUGAUCCAGUUACAUAAAAUUAAAUGGAUUGGGUUUAAUCCAAACCCACUUUAACUUAAUUCAGCCCGCCCAAACCCAUUAAUCUUAUAUUUAUGUAAUUAAAAACAAAAAUCUAAUUCCCUCUUCAUG